CUCUCUCUAACAUUCAACCCAGCGUCAUACUCUUAUUAGUGACAGUCGUUUUUUAAGUGCAAGCAUCUCAGUCUCGUUUCUGCUCUAUAUAUCAGUCCAGUUUUUACGUCCUUUAGUUUGAGCGAGGUGAUCAUUAAUGGCGGAAGAACACCAGAAAUGCAGUGAUCAAGAGUGCAAUACCGGCCCCACCACGACCAGCGUGGAGACCACGGAUCGUGGGUUGUUCGAUUUCUUGGGGAAGAAAAAGGACGAGAAGCCACAACCAGCACAAGAGGAGGUGAUCGUACAGGAGGAGGAAGUGAUGGUCAACGAGUUUGAGAAGUUCAAGGUGUCAGAACAACCCGAAGGGUACAAGAAAGAAGAGGAGGUUGAGAAGAAGCCUGGCCUCCUUGAGAAGCUUCACCGAUCUAAAAGCAACUCCAGUAGCUCGUCUAGCGAUGAUGAGGAAGAAGUAGAAGAGGGAGGAGAGAAGAAAAAGAAGAAAAAGAAGGGAUUGAAGGAAACGCUCAAGGAGAAGAUGGCGGGUGACAAGGAAGAGGAGAAGAAGGAGGAGCUAAAAUACAAGGAAGAGGUUAAGAAGGAGGAGCUAAAACACAAGGAAGAGGAGAAGAGAGAGGAGUUAGAAUUCAAGGAAGAGAAGAAGAGAGAGGAGUUAGAAUACAAGGAAGAGGAGAAGAGAGAGGAGAGAGAGGAGAAAGAAGAAGACACCUCCGUCCCCAUCGAGAGGUAUGACGACGUCAGCGAAGUCACACCUCAAGGUGAGGCAGCACAGCCAGAGGAGAAGAAGGGUUUUAUGGAAAAGAUCAAAGGGAAGCUACCUGGCCACCACAAGAAACCGGAAGAACCCAUCCCCACUUCGCCUGCGCCUUCCCCGGUUACUGAGUCUGCCGGAGAAGUGCAUCCUCAGGAAGGCGAGGCCAAAGAGAAGAAGGGAAUCUUCGAGAAGAUCAAGGAAAAAUUGCCGGGCUACCAUAAGAACGGUGAUCAGGAGAAAAAAGAGGAGUAUGCAGGUGGCAACUAAUUAAGAAACGGAUCGUGAUUAUAGCGAUUGUGUUUGAUUCCUUUGUUUCAUAUCAUAUCAUGUAUGUGUUUCUCUUUUUUUCCCUAUCCAUAUGUAAGUGCUUGACGUGCUUAUGCUUUGUUUUGGAUUUUGGUUUAAUUCCUUUCUUUGGUGUGAUAUAUACAUAAUUAAGGGGAGUUUUUAUCAUUUCCUAUA